AUGAAACACUUCAGUUUGGCCUUAGCAGUUGUCAUUUUUGUGAGCAGUGUGGAUUGUGAUCGGCACAAGAUCGUGGAAAAAAGCCUUCAGCGGACCGGUGUCGAGUGUCACCAGUAUAAUCCCCCGGAAAAUUGCAUGGCCCGGUGCCAAACGCUGCUCACUCAUGACUGGAACGAUAUGACCGGAAUGCAGUCAGUUUACGAUCGAUUCUUCCAACCGAGUCCGGUUGAUCGGUGCAACUUCAACCGAACCCAGCGGUGUUUGAGCGCUAAGCUUCCAAAGAUUGCACCGGAGAAAAAAUGUAUCAGAGCGAGCGAGUCCAUCCAGUGCUAUCUGGACCAAUUCGGAGAGGUGAUGGUGGAUAUACCAAAGUUCGUACGUUCUAGUGGGUUACAGGAGCAACAGAUCUACAGAGAAUGUGCCACUAUGAUGGGAUUUUCUAAACAGCGAUUUCUCCAGGUGCUGAAUGACACGGACUAUUCUCUGCAGGACUCACGAUGCCUGUUGCGGUGUUUCAUGAUCAGAUCAGGUCUGUAUAGUGAUAACGGUGGCCUUAACCUGGAGCGGUUCUACGUUGCGUGCGGAGGCUAUGAUGACGAGUUCUACCAUAAUGUCACGCAAUGCAUAAAAGACGUGCGAGCUUCGAGUACCUGCGACAGAUGCAGUCUGGCGCACCGGUUGGUGAUGGAGUGUAUUGGUAGCCAGUAUGAUGUUAACAAACUUAAUUUUUACCAGUACAAUGACGAUGUGGAUCAAGUUAAUAACUAUGCAACGUUCUAUCUAAUUAAUGUUAAUUUGCCCUAA